AUGACGGUCGAAGAAGCCAAGAAGACGACGGCUGAUGCCGACGAGCAUGAGUCCAAGGCUGUACCUAGAGUGUCUGCGGCGGAUGACAAUUCUUCGUCCUCGGGCUCGUUCGACGGUCACCGUGCGACCAGCAAGCCGAUUGACUGUGCGUUUGAUACUACUGAGGAUCCGCGCUACUAUAAGCCCAUCCCAGAGUAUGAAGGAUACCAUCGGUGGGAUCCCGAUUUCGAAUGGACCGAGGAAGAAGAGAAGGCCGUUGUGAGGAAGAUCGACUGGCGUGUCUGCACAUUCGCCUGUAUCACGUUCUUUGCGCUCCAGCUGGACCGAGGAAAUAUUGUCCAGGCCACGUCGGACAAUAUGCUGGAUGACCUGGGCAUGAACACCAACGACUAUAAUACCGGCCAGACCAUCUUCUACUUGACUUUCUUGUUUGCCGAGCUCCCAUCACAACUGCUGUCCAAGUGGUUUGGGCCCGACCGCUGGAUCCCCGUCCAGAUGGUGGCCUGGAGUUUGAUUGCGGCAUGUCAAGCAUUUGUUCAGAACCGGAGUGGCUUCUUCACGACCAGAGCUUUGCUAGGUCUGCUAGAGGGAGGCUUCAUCCCGGACACAAUUCUGUUCCUGUCGUUCUGGUAUAAAUCCAAAGAGCUGCCCAUCCGACUGAGCUACUUCUGGGUCUCGUACCAGGGCACCGCGAUCGUCGGUGCCUUCCUCGCCUUCGGCUUCCUGCACAUCCGCGGCGAAGAUGGAAAGGGCGGUUGGCGGUACUUGUUCGCAUAUGAGGGCCUGAUUACAGGCGUAAUCGGAAUCAUCGCCGCGUUCUGGAUGCCGCCGUCGCCAACGCAGACCGCCGGUAAGUUCCGCGGCAAGAACGGGUGGUUCAACGAGCACGAAGAGAAGAUCAUGGUCAACCGCGUGCUCCGCGACGACCCCAGCAAGGGCGGCAUGCACAACCGUCAGCCGGUGACUCCCAAGAUGCUGUGGCGUGCGCUGUGCGACUACGACAUGUGGGUUAUUUACAUUCUGGGGCUCACCUGGAUGAUCCCCAACACGCCCGCCACCUCGUAUAUCAGCCUCCAGCUCAAGUCGCUGAACUUCACCACCUUCCAGAGCAACCUGCUGAGUAUUCCCUCGUACGUGGUGUUUAUUUUGAACCUGUUGUUCUGGACGUGGAUUUCUGAGCGCUUCAAUGUGCGUUUGAUGCUGGGUGUCAUGGCCGAGGUCUGGGGACUGGUUCUUCUCAUUGCUUUGGAAGUGCUUCCGGCCGAUGCCAAUGCUUGGGCCCGUUGGGUGCUGCUUACUCUGUUGAUUGGUAUGCCAUAUGUUCAUGCCAUUGUGGUGGCCAUUACAUCUCGCAACGCGGGCUCGGUCCGUACCCGUACGGUUGCGACGGCCCUGUAUAACAUGACAGUGCAAGUGAGCAGCAUCAUUGCCAACAAUAUCUACCGAGACGACGACAAGCCUUUAUACCGCACCGGAAACAAGGUGCUUAUUGGUCUUUCCGUGUGGAGCGGGUUCAUGUUCAUCGUGGCCAAGGUGUACUAUAUUUGGCGAAACAAGAGGAACGCCGCAGUCUGGGACAACAUGUCCAGCGAGGAACGCGAGAGAUAUAUUGCCGAAAACAAAGACCUUGGAAACAAGAGACUCGAUUUCCGGUUUUUGCAUUAG